AAAUACUCGCUCAGGUACUAAAAGCCACACGAGUCGAUCGGCGUCAUAACCGUUGCCAACUUGCGCUCCACUGUUUCAGCCGGUUUUCAGGGUUUCAGUUUCAGUUUUCAGCGCUUCGAACAACCGCAGCGCCAUCUACAAAUAUAAAACUUGGGUCCGAUCUCUCUCCUUGCUCCACUUCUGGUUAGUUCUUACUAGAAGGCAAGUUAGCAGUUAUACUAACACAAUGUCCGAUCUAAGUGCCAGAGACGUUGAAAGGGCCAACUUUGUCUUUUCCAUCUACGACUUUGAAGGAAAUGGCACAGUCGAUGCUGUUAACUUGGGAGACAUGCUCAGGGCCCUCAACCUUAACCCAACCUUGGUCACAAUAGAAAAAGUUGGAGGAACCAAGAAGAAGAACGAAAAGAAAUUGAAACUAGAUGAAUUCCUUCCCAUCUUCAGCCAAGUAAAGAAAGACAAAGAACAAGGUAACUUCGACGAUUUCCUUGAAUGUCUCAAGUUGUACGAUAAAGAAGAAAACGGUAAAAUGAUGGCUGCUGAACUUUCCCACACACUCCUUUCUCUUGGUGAGAGGUUAGCUGACGCAGAAACAGAACAAGUCUUAGCCGAUUGUAUGGACAAAGAAGAUGAUGAUGGCUUCAUCCCUUACGAACCAUUCCUCAAAAAACUGAUGGCGUAAGAUGUAUUUUACUUUUUUUAUUUUUAAUCACCUGAGAAGUGCUGUCAAAUUGAAAUGGCUUUUCGAACAACAGAAAUUGAACACCAGAAGUCAAACAGGAGUGUGUACUACCACCAACAUUCAUAGGCACUGCCUUUACCAACCACAUUUCAAAUACGCUGAAAUACAAUGUAUUUAUUUUUAAAUUAUUUUAUUAUAUUUAAUUAAAAUUAUAAAAACUGUCCUUUAUUGUUACGUAAUAUUGUCAUUAAUAAAUGGUAAGUUCACAGUGUACUUUGAUAUAUAAUUAUGUACAUAAUUUUCCAAAAAAUAUAUUAGUUUUGUUUUA